UCGUGAAAUGGAAUAUUGUAAACUCUUCCAAUACUCCUCUAUCAACAAGUCUUCUAUCAUCGCGGCACCAUGUGCAUAGUUUUUACUUGUGGGCAGCAUGAAUUCUCCUCUCAGCUUCAAGGCGCUGAAGGACUGCUUUGCCAGUGCCAUAACUGUGGCAACUGGUCGGCCUCGGUGGUCAAGCGUCAUCCUUGGUUCACCUUCUGCUUCGUACCGGUCCUCCCACUCAGCAUACACGGUUAUGAGGAUGUCAUCUGCUCCAUCUGCAAUUUCGCACAGCCAUUGGCAAACCGGGGCGACGUCCUCGAACAAAUGCGCUUGAUGCAGCAGAACGGAGGGGCGCUGCCCUUGCAGAACCGCGGUCCGCCUCCUGGGCCGCCUCAAGGUUGGGGAGGUGGGCCACCGAAAGAGCAGCCGCAUAUGCAGUAUGGAUGAUGCGUGGGGUUCUGGAGAAGCGUUUGGGGUACAGGGAAACUGAAAGGCAGCAGCGAACUAUCAUAAUCUUGAUUGGAGGCAGAAGAGUUGGGUAUCGGCGUUCCUAGGAUAACCAUCCUGCUGGGCCGGCGUUUGAU